AUGAAGAUACCCCAAGGUUUUGGAAAACAAGAUGACAAUAGGGUAUGCAAACUCAAGAAAUGCUUGUACGAUCUCAAGCAAGCUUCAAGAAAUUGGUAUCAAAAGUUCACUCAUUCUUUAUUAGAAAUUGGUUUCAAGCAAACUCCCGCCAAUUAUUCUCUCUUCAUUUUCAAAGAAAACAAAAUUUUUGUUGCUGCGCUCAUUUAUGUCGAUGAUGUUGUUCUUGUGAGAAAUGACUCGAGAAAAAUACAAGCAACCAAGGACUUUCUGGAUAAGCGAUUUAGCAUCAAAGACCUUGGACCCUUAAAAUAUUUUUUGGGCAUUGAGGUCGCUAAAACCAAUGAAGGUAUGGUUUUAAGUCAACGAAAAUACACAUUGGACAUCCUUGAAGAUGUUGGUAUGACGGGUUGUAGACCAAGUUCUUUCCCUAUGGAACAAAACUUGAAACUUGAUAUGUGCGAUAAGGAACCUCGUGUCGAUGCUAAUCAAUAUCGUAGAUUGAUUGGAAGACUUCUUUAUUUGCAAGCUACGAGACCUGAUAUAGCUUAUGCAGUGAACAUUUUGAGUCAAUUCGUCAAUUAUCCUAGACAAACUCACAUGGAGGCUGCUACUCGUGUCUUGCGUUAUUUGAAAGGAACUCUAGGACAAGGUAUUCUCAUUCCUAAAGAAGGCGUGGCGAAUCUCUUGGCCUAUUGUGAUUCCGAUUGGUUAGGAUGUCCAAUGACUAGACGGUCCAGAACUGGUUAUUUACUUCUUCUUGGAGGAGCUCCUAUUUCUUGGAGGACCAAAAAGCAGUCGGUUGUCUCCAAAUCCUCAGCAGAAGCCGAAUAUCGAGCCAUGUCUAAUGCUGUUAGUGAAAUCUUGUGGAUGAGGUGGCUUUUACGCGAGCUUGACAUGGCUCCUGUCGGACCGACCCAAUUGUUUUGCGACAAUCAAGCUGCUCGUCACAUAGCAAAUAACCCGGUUUUUCAUGAGCGCACCAAACACGUAGAAAUGGACUGCUACUUUAUAAGGGAAAGAGUUGAUUCUAUGGAGAUAUGUCCCAUGUCUAUUGCCACCAAAGAUCAAAUUGCUGACGUUCUUACAAAAGACUUAGGGGCCAACUCACUUUGUUUCCUGCUGUGCAAGUUGGGUGUUCGGAACCUUCACGCUCCAACUUGA